AUGGCGAGCGACCUGAUCAACGGCGGAGGGGAGGAGGUCAAUCUGGAAGGCGCUUCACCUUACAGUGCAGCCAAAACUACUAUUGCACACAACUGGAAAUCGCCUCAGGUUCCGAGUAUGGAAUGUUGGCUGCUCGAAGGUGGGAUGUCCUUUGAAGCUGUGGCUGUGUAUUUCACCUUGGGGGAGUGGACCCUGCUGAGCCCAACCCAGAGAACUCUCUACAAGGAAGUCAUGCUGGAGAAUUUUGGGAAUGUGACCUCUCUGGGACCUCAGAUUGCCAAACCUGAUCUCAUAUCCUGGCUGGAAGAAGAGGAAGAGCUGUUUCUUGAGAUCGCUGAUGAAGAGGAGGGAUUGACAGGAGGCGUGUUCAAAUUAGCAGAUGAACCAUCUGAGCGUCUCAGGAUACAGAAAAAGGAUGCAUAUUCAGAUGUGAAAGACAAACUUGAAUAUAGCAAUGCAUUGAGGAAUGAGGAGGGAAAGCAUCCAUAUAAAGGGAUAAACACUUCUGGUCUUCUACAAGGGGGUGACUCUCUACUGGAAAAAAUAUGCAAAGGAAUGAAGAGGAAUAUGUGUACUGCAAGCAGGGAAAUGGUUAAUAUUUGCCAAAACUCAUACGGCAAGAGGAAAAUAUAUAAAUGUCUGGAGUGUGGUAAAAGCUUUAGGCAAAAAUAUAUGUUAACUUCCCAUCAAAGAAUUCUUAAGGGGGAAAAAUCUUUUCAAUGCCUUGAUUGCAGAAAAAGUUUCAGUGAGAGUGGACACCUUGCUUCCCAUCAAAAAAUUCACAUAGGGGAGAAACGGUAUAAAUGCAUGGAAUGUGGGAAGUCCUUUAGUCGAAGAGGAAACCUUGCUCGCCAUCAAAGAAUUCACACAGAUGAGAAGCUGUAUAAAUGCAUGGAAUGUGGGAAAACCUUUAGUUGGAGAGGAAACCUUGCUCGCCAUCAAAGAAUUCACAUAGGGGAGAAACGGUAUAAAUGCAUGGAAUGUGGGAAGUCCUUUAGUCGAAGAGGAAACCUUGCUCGCCAUCAAAGAAUUCACACAGAUGAGAAGCUGUAUAAAUGCAUGGAAUGUGGGAAAACCUUUAGUUGGAGAGGAAACCUUGCUCGCCAUCAAAGAAUUCACAUAAGGGAGAAACUGCAUAAAUGCAUGGAAUGUGGAAAAACCUUUAGUCGUAGAGGAAACCUUGCUCGCCAUCAAAGAAUUCACACAGGGGAGAAACUGCAUAAAUGCAUGGAAUGUGGGAAAACCUUUAGUCGGAGAGGAAACCUUGCUCACCAUCAAAGAAUUCACAUGGGAGAGACGCCGUAUAGAAGCCUGCAAUGUGGAAAAGGCUUCAGUCUGAGGGACAGCCUUAGUCACCAUCAAAAAAUUCACACAGGGGAGAAGCCAUAUAAAUGUUUAGAGUGUGGGGAAAGCUUCAGUCAGAGUGGAAGUCUUGCUUCCCAUCAAAGAAUUCACAGAGAGCAGAAAUCAUAUAAAUGCAUGGAGUGCAAGAAAAGCUUCAGUCACAGUGGAAUACUAGCUUCCCAUCAAAGAACUCACACAGGGGAGAAACCACACAAAAGCAUGGAAUGUGGGAAAAGCUUUAGUGUAAAAGCCAAGCUUUCUAUGCAUCAACGAAUUCACACAGGGGAGAAGCCAUAUAGAUGCCUGCAAUGUGGGAAAAGCUAUAGACGGAGAGGAAGCCUUGCUUGUCAUCAAAGUAUUCACACAGGGGAGAAGCCUUAUAGAUGCUUACAAUGUGGAAAAAGCUUCAGAUGGAGGGCUAGCCUUGGUCGCCAUCAAAGUAUUCACACAGGAGAGAAGCCAUAUAGAUGCCUGCAAUGUGGGAAAAGCUAUAGACUGAGAGGAAGCCUUGCUCGUCAUCAAAGUAUUCACACAGGGGAGAAGCCUUAUAGAUGCUUACAAUGUGGAAAAAGCUUCAGAUGGAGGGCUAGCCUUGGUCGCCAUCAAAGUAUUCACACAGGAGAGAAGCCAUAUAGAUGCCUGCAAUGUGGAAAAAGCUUCAGAUGGAGGGGAACCCUUACUUCCCAUGAAAGAAUUCACACAGGGGAGAAACCUUAUAAAUGCCUGGAGUGUGGGGAAAGCUUCAUGGUGGGUGAAAAACUUACUUCCCAUCAAAGGAUCCACACAGGGGAGAAACCAUAUAAAUGCCCAGAGUGUGGGAAAAGCUUCCGAAAGAAUAGAAACCUCACUUACCAUCACAGAAUUCACACAGGGGAGAAGCCAUAUACAUGCUUGGAGUGUGGGAAAAGCUUCCCUCAGAGUUCACAGCUCAUUGUCCACCAAAGAAUUCACACAGGGGAGAAACCAUAUAAAUGUAUGGAGUGUGGGAAAAGCUUCAGUCAGUCUGGAAGUCUUGCUUACCAUCAAAGAAUUCACACAGGGGAGAAACCAUACAAAUGCAUGGAAUGUGGGAAAAGUUUCAGUAGGCAUUCUGAAUUUACUUCCCAUCAAAAAAUUCACACAGGGGAGAAACCAUAUGGAUGCCUGCAUUGUGGGAAAAGUUUCAGACGGAGCGGACAGCUUACUUCCCACCAAAGAACUCACACGGAGAAACCAUAUAAAUGCCUAGAGUGUGGGAAAAGCUUCGCUCAAAGGUGA